AUGACCGAGUCAACGUACCCACAACUCAAUGUUGGCUCUCAAUUCAAGCCUGUUGAUUCAAUUUAUGAGAAUCGGCUUCGUCAAUUCAUCGAUGAAGGGGGGCAGUAUUCCAAUUUAAUGCUCCCCAAGUUCUACACCAAGGCUCGCAUUGAUACGGGAUAUGAAGACGGUGCCGAGGGAUAUGUUGAAUUGCGUACUUGGGCAGCACCUGGUCUCUCAAAGCCGUUGUUCAGAAGUGUUAUUCCCUCGAAAUUGAAUGAGUUCAAACCUGCUCACAAGGGUGACCGCUUUGGCCCGGCUUGGUCAUCCCAUUGGUUUGAAAUUAAGAUAAAAGUACCAGACUCAUGGGCCCAGUACGACACUGUGCUAUUCAAAUGGGACAGUGGUACGGAGGGGCUUCUCUUUAGCUCUGAAGGCACUCCUCUGCAAGGAUUGACAGGUGGAGGGGAGCGAGUUGAGUUUGAACUUCCGGAAUCCUGGAGGAAAGGGGAACAAGUUUUCUACCUUGAAAUUGGAUGCAAUGGAAUGUCAGGAAGCACACAAGAUAGUUACGAAUUACGUGAUGCUGAUCUUGUUGUCCCAAAUCUCGAUGCGAGAGCAUUAUAUUACGAUUUCUGGAUGAUCGGUGAUUCCGCUCGGGAAUUACAGGGAGCUCCACGACACAAGGCUCGAGAAAUCGGUAAUCGUAUUAUGGACACUUUCGAUAGUGAAGACGAAUCCAGCGUUCUGAAAUGUCGUGAAAUUGCACGAGAAUUUCUGGGUCCUGAUGUGGAUUCAGAAAAGGUGUACGCAGGCAAAAUGAGUGUCUACAAUGCAGUCUACGCAAUCGGAAAUUGUCACAUAGACACGGCGUGGUUGUGGGACUUUGCAACCUCAAAAACAAAAAUUGCCAGAAGUUGGUCGACCCAGCUUCGCAUGAUCGAUCAGUAUCCGGAAUAUGUGUUUGCUGCCUCUGCUGCCCAGCAUUUCAAGUGGCUCAAAAAAUAUUAUCCAGACUUGUUCAAAAAAGUUAUAAGCUAUGCUCAGAAAGGUCGAUUUGUACCUGUUGGUGGUAGCUGGGUUGAAAAUGACACAAAUCUUCCAAGUGGAGAAGGCUUGGUACGCCAAUUUCUACUAGGACAGCGGUGGUUCCAGGAUCUCUUUGGGUUCAAGAGCGAUACUUAUUGGCUCCCGGACUCGUUUGGUUACUCGUCACAGAUUCCUCAAUUAUCUCGGCUGGCAGAGAUGCCCAAUUUUCUUACUCAGAAGCUAUCGUGGAACAAUAUCAAUCAAUUUCCGGAAAACACCUUUAAUUGGGUGGGAAUUGAUUCUUCUCAGGUUCUUGUUCAUAUGCCUCCUGCAAACACUUACACUGCUGAUGCAAAUUUCGGGGACGUGAAGAGGUCAAUUAGCGGUCAUCAUAACCUUUACAAUGAUCAAAAAGGUCUUCUUCUUUACGGAAAAGGCGAUGGUGGAGGUGGGCCAACUCCUAGUAUGCUUGAGCGUCUCCGUAGAAUCCGUGGUUUGGCUGAAAAUUCGGCAGGCGAAAUGCCUACUGUUGAGAGUGGUAUCAAUGUUACGGAUUUCUACAAUUUGCUAAGAAAGGGCACUGACAAUGGCAAGAGUCUACCAUCUUGGCGUGGUGAGCUUUAUUUGGAAUUUCACAGAGGUACCUACACUUCUCAGGCUCAUGUCAAAGACUUGAUGAGGACCUCAGAAUUACUGAUGCGAGACCUAGAAUACCUUGCUACCAAGGCGUCGCUUGAACUUGAUUACCAGUAUCCUCAUAAAAAGAUAGAUCGAUUAUGGCAGGAUAUUUGUUUGUGCCAAUUCCAUGACGUUCUUCCGGGAUCAUGCAUCGAAAAGGUUUAUCACGAGGAUGUUUGGCCCAUGCUUGAAAGAGUUCAACGAAUUGAACUGGAGUUAAUUUCCGAAAUCAAGAAGCUUUUCAAACCUGGAAAACACAUUCUGAACUCCUUUGGCUGGGAGCGUGCAGGUAUAGUCAAAAUGGAUGGUAGCUGGAUGCAACGGGGUUAUACAGCUGUUUGCUCCAAGGGUGAUACUCUUGUUCCAGUUGAGUCGUCAAAGUCUGUGAAGUACAGGUCAAAAGUCACUCAAGUAAAUGGCACAUUUGUUCUUGAAAAUGGCCGGCUGCGUGCUACUAUUGAUAGCGAUGGUGUGAUUGUUGCCCUUUACGAUAUUCUGCAUGAAAGAGAAGUUCUUGAUACGACCAACCAUCGCGGAAUACAGUACGUUUUGCUGUCUGAUACUCCGCUGAGCUUCCCAGCCUGGGACACUGAACUCUUUUCACGAGAGAAGUUUCGCUAUGUGAAGUCGGGUAAGGUAGAGAUCUUGGAAAACGGUCCGUUGGUUUCUUCUCUGAAAAUUGAGCAUGAUCUUUCAGACGAUAGCAAAUUAACAACUAUCAUAUCUUUGGAUGCUCUCCAGUCACUUUCCGAAAGAACAAGUCUCAAGUUUGAUUGCCAUAUUGAUUGGCAUGAAACAUACAAGUUUUUGAAGAUUGAAGUUCCGGUGUCUGUCAACAACGAUUUCGCUAGCUACGAGACACAAUUCGGCAUUACCAAACGUCCAACUCAUUUCAACACAAGCUGGGAUGUGGCCAAGUUUGAGUGCUGUUGUCAUAAGUUUGUCGAUUAUUCCGAUUUCAAUUAUGGUGUCUCUAUCUUGAACAACAACAAGUACGGUGCUAACGUUCACGGAAACCUGAUGACUUUAUCAUUGAUGCGCGCCCCGAAGUCACCCGACGCGCAUGCUGAUAUGGGAGAACACUCGUUUAAAUUUGCAGUGUUUCCUCAUUCGGGACCUUUAGGAGCUCAGACUGUCCGUGCAGGUUGGGAAUUCAACGAGAGACUUGGUCAUGUUGGUGAUUUCGGCAAAAGUAUAGUAAGCAUCUCCGGAGAUGACAACUUGAUUAUUUCAAAUAUCAAACGGGGCGAAGACGAUUCAGAUCUGAAAUCUGAAGGUAUUUACAAGAAUCUGCCGAAGAAGUAUGCAGGACAGAAGACCAUCGUUCUUCGGAUAUACGAAGCCCUCGGUGGUAAAGCAAAAGCAAAAUUAACUGUGAAUUAUCCGGUGGAUAAAGUUUUCAAAACCAACAUACUUGAAGAAGAAAAGAGUGAGGUCUCAGUUGACAACAAUUCCUUCAUCGUGGAGUCCAGAGGGUUUGAGAUAUCUACUUACAAAGUGAUUUUAAAAAAUUGA